CUCGACUUCAACCGCCACUCUCCGUACUAAAUCCUCCAUCCAUCCUCACACCACCUAGCAAACACUGUACUGUUUCAUACUCUUUGCGGAUCGAAUCUCUCGGUCAAUCCCACGAUGGCCUCUACAGCGAAAUACCAGCCCGCCCCUCAGCGCGACUCACUCGACGAGGGCAGCUACCCUCAACCUCCUCCGAGUUACCAGGCCGCAGGCCCCAGCGUUACCGAGGGAGGAUACGGCACCCCAAGAGCAGAAGACGACAAUGUUCCUGAUGAUUUCAAGUUCGGCGGCUCCGUCAGCGAAGCGACCAUCGACAUCCGGAUGUCGUUCAUUCGCAAAGUCUACAGCAUCCUGACCGUCCAACUCCUCCUGACCGCCGGUCUAUCAUGCCUCUCCUUCUUCUCCUCCGGCUACCGCAACUGGAUCCAGUCCAACUCUUGGAUGAUGUGGGUUUCGCUGUUUGGUGCCAUCGGCUUCAUGCUCUUGACCUUCUGGAAGCGCAAGUCCUAUCCUACAAACAUGAUCUUCCUCGGCGCCUUCACAGCCAUGGAAGCAUAUAGCAUCAGCGUCAUCACAUCGUUCUACGAGAGCCGGAUCGUCAUUGAAGCGCUCGUCAUCACGCUGGCCAUCUUCGUGGCCCUCACCCUUUUUGCUUGCCAGACCAAGUACGACUUCACGAGCUGGAUCCCAUACCUGUUCGGCGCGCUGUGGCUGGUCAUCAUCUUCGGAUUCAUGGCCGCAUUCUUCCCUCGCAACUCGACCACCGAACUCGUCUACGGUGGGGUGGUGGCUGUCAUUUUCAGCGGCUACAUCCUCGUGGACACUCAGUUGGUCAUGAGACACUAUCACGUGGAGGAGGAGAUUGCCGCCAGCAUCAGCUUGUACCUGGACAUCUUGAACCUGUUCCUCGCCAUCCUGCGCAUCUUGAACAGCCAGAACAACAACUAGGCAUUUAUGCGUGAUUCUUAAUCAUACCGAGGUCAAUACAAUGCGGACGAAGCUGGAAAGGCGAAUCACACAACAGGAGUGGCUGAUGCAAGCCAAAAUAUGGAUAACGAUUGGUCGUGCGCGGGCAUGCGGGAGUUCACCAGGCGCAUUUUGCGGGGGAAGAUUGCUCUCAUUAUAUUUUCAUGUGUUGCUGUACUGUACUGUCACGACCUGCAACUGGCACAGGCGAAGUGAGUUGGUGUCGCCAGGUCAAUAUCAUGGGAAUUGAAUAUGGGGUCAUUCCUUAAAAACAGACCUUGUCAGCCGCCGGUUAUGUUCGCAGCGAUCGAGCGAGCACGAUGCUUCUGCAACUGGUGAGGGAUGCACUGAACCGGUGACGACAUUCCUAGCAGCAAAGGACGGCCUACCGUUACAUUCUCUGUAGAAGACUCUAGAAGAAGCGGACAAGAUAUAGUCAUUUCAUUCAUAUCCCUCUAUGUUGUAUCUUAUCCUGACCCCCACCUAGGUGACCCCCAG